AUGGCGUGUGUCUUUACGUCUGUUGGAACAAUGUACUGGCUAUUUCCAGUUGAAGUUGUCGUCAGCGGCAGUCCUAUUUACGUUACUGGAGGAGGCCUGCAGGGGCGCUACAGACUGGAACAGUUUCACUUUCACUGGGGGUUGAAGGAUAGACGAGGUUCAGAACAUGUCAUUGAUGGACGUCAUUUCCUAUAGAUGCACAUCGUUCUAUAUAAUGACAAGUACGCCGAUUUUGAUUCGGCUAUGCACCAGCCAAAGGGUCUUGCUGUAUUAGCAUUCUUUUUCAAGAUUGGCCAAGAAAACGAAAGUAUGUUUAAAAUUGUGGACCACUUUUCGUCGGACAUCAUGUUCAAAGCGUUUCCCAUAUCAUCUUUGUUACCGAAGAAUGUCAAUUCAUGGUACAGAUAUGAAGGCAGCCUGACCACUCCUCCAUGCUCUGAGACGGUCACGUGGACGUUAUUCAAGGACAAAAUCACAAUUUCCGAAGAGCAGGUUGUACAGCAUCCAGGAAUUUCGCCAUAUCUUGAGAAACGCUCCAGGAGAACGAAACAGGACACUAGUUGA